GAGAAUUUUCCCUUUGUGAGGACAAAGUUUUUGUGGUCAGGGUUUCUGUACAAUGAAUUUGUUUUGAUUCAAUUAAGAUAUUUCGAAAAAGUUGAAUUAAAAAGUUAUUAAUAAUACGAAACGACUGAAAGCAAAAUACUAAGAACAAAGAUAGACUAAAACGGCAUCGUAUGAAUUUUGGGGGAACCCCUGGAUAACUGGCAACUGAAAAUGCCGAAAAAAGCACCACGAAACGCUUUUUACUAUUAUAUGCUUAAUUUCAAGAAAGAACAGCAAGAAAAAGGAAUACACUAUGCAAACAUGGCUGAAAUUGCAGAAGCAGCAGGUCCCUCUUGGCGGGAGGUGCCACCUAGCGUCCGUUCAAAGUACGAAGCUAUGGCGAAACAAGCAAAACAGAAAAAUGGUCUUCCCAUUACAAAGUAUACAUCCACAGGUAUACCACUCUCUCAGAUUAAACUCCAGGAAAGAGAAAUGCGUGAAGCAGAAGAGAAUGAACUGAAAGAUAUAAAGAAUAUUGUGACCUACAGUCAUAUGAAUGGAACUUUGCUCUCCGAGGUGUUUUAUGUAUUGGAUGUAAACUACUACUGCAAAGUUAGUGACAGUUAUUAUCUUAUUGGAGAAUGUUCGAUGCUGCGAUUCAGUUUAGCCGGAGGCAUAGAAGAGACGUACCAUAAGAUUAUUAACCCAGGCUUCAUACCAAUAGGUUACGCUAAUGAUGUGAAAAUGGGUUGUAUGGAAAAUGGAUUGGAAAUGCCGGAUGAAUGUAAGCCAAGGAGUGACUAUUUGGAGAUUCAAGCACAUCUUUUGGAUUAUUUACAAAAAGGAAAUCCUACUAAAGUUGUCCGGCCAAUAUUUACGAUGCCAGAUAAAGUUUUGCCCAUUCGGGAUUUCUUCAGACAGCUAUGUAGUAAAAGUUCGGAGGAUGACUCAGUGUACCGUAUAUACAGGCUGGACACACUAUUCUACAACCUGAUAAACUCCAUAAAGACGAGGACUGAUGAGGGCUUCCCCAAGGAAUCUUUGGCGCUGGUACAACUCCAGAGGGAUCUAUUUAAAUAUACAUCAGGACUUGGUUGCGAGUACCACAAGGAGACGGAGAAGGAAGUGGAAUGCAGUUCAUACCGCAUCAAAUGCUGGUCCUUCACAGUACUGGAUGCUUGCUGUGCUGUCGCUGGCAUUGAUAUCGUGCCGGGCAAACAUGUACCACACGGAUAUGAUAUUGAAGGUAUAUACGCACUUCGAGAACAGAGGAGGGGUCGCGUGCCGCCAAGCGUUGCAGGUUUUGCUGAACCUUCUUCAUCCAAUACAUCAACGGUGAAUGAAUCAUUGCUCGACUCCACUACGAGUAGUUUCAGUGAAGUAGGAGGCAGAAAAAAAGAAAAGAGAGUUCACGUGCCAUUGCGGAUGCCAAAAACUGAUUAUUCACACAUGAUCCGAGCGGCACCCGCUCUUACAGAGUCCAACUUCCCCAGUCUAAUCUCAGGACAUGGCAGAGGUCGUGGCAGCCUGUCAAGUAGCAUGAAUAAACUGAAAUUUGAUAAUUAAAAUGUACUUAACAUUUACUGGAUUGAAGACCUGAAUCUCUUCUGAAAAUUACUUCUCUUGACAAUUCUACGAUGAAACUAAGAUGACAUCCAAGUGAAUAUUCUAAGUGUAAAGUGUUUAUAAAGUGCUAAUAAUUUGACAUAUGUUUGGUUCUGGAGUUAUUUAGACCACUGUGUUGUGUUAAAUUUGGUGAUUUUCAGUGUUAACCUAAAUGUGUAUACUUUUAAGACUCGGAGAUUAUUAUGUAAGUACAAUUAUAUUUUUCUGUAUUUAUAGAUUGCAUAUUAAUUAUUAAACAUUUCAUCGUUAUGUUCCCUUCAGCAAAAGCAAAACAUUAUUAUAGUGGACCACAAUUUUUUGAACAUAGACAAACUGUUGCCCGCAACUCCUUCCUCGUGGAAAUAAAAAAAACUUAAUAAGUAGCCUAUGUAUUCUUCCAGACUAUUC